UAUAUAGUUUAGGAUUAUCAGAUUAGUCGUCUAUUAUGUGGCUGUUGGCAGGAGUAGGGUUAAAUCAUUACACAAAAUCUUAUAAUACAUACAUUGUCGGCAGAAAAUUCCAUUGAUCAAGUGAUCAAUUAAAUAUUUAAUGUACAGUCUAAAUAAGCAGUUUUUACCAAUUUAUGGUAAAUUUGUACAAUUUUUAAAUAUUUAUAUGGGAUUUAUUUGUGUUAAAUGGAGUUUUAUCAAUGUUUGGACUUACAUGUACAUCAACUGGCCUAAGGGGAAAGAAAAUUGAUUGAAGAAGGGAGACAACUGGUAUAGAAAUAUAAAAAUGGCUCAGAAGUAUUUAAUGGCCUUGGAUUAUGUGGACCUCCAUGCUAACUCAGUUUUAAAGAAGCAUGCAAAGUUGGAAUUUGCUAAGUGCCAAGUUUGCGGUCAAGAUUUAUUGGAGAGUUACUGGAAGCGUCCACUGGGUGACAUAGAGACGAAGCACAGAUAUACGCCCACACAACCGGUGUUGUCAUGUCGUACUGUUGAUAUAGACGUCAGUGGCACGCGGACAUACCGACCAAAAUCUUCCGCAGAUAUCAUCAGUGAGCAGCAUGCACUUAUACACAACAUAUAUACAAAAGCCAGGAAUAUAGCAUCAGCGCCACCUAGAAGGUCAAAGACACCAAGAAAAUCUGUUGCCAAGGACAACAGUCAAAACAAAGAAAAUAAUAAUCUUAAAUCAGUUGAAGUUCAAGGUCGCCCAUUAACGUCAUUGUCACAGAGACCAUCAGAGCACUCCAGUAAUAGAGGAAACACUUCAAAUAAAAGACCUAAAACAACUGGUCAGAUAAAGAACAACAAGACUGUACAUGACAGUUUUAUGGUUGUUCAUGCGGACCGUGAAUUGAUAGAAACAAGACGAUCGUACCGCAGCCUUACAGACAAAAUACACAAACACUGGGAGCCAGAAAAUCACGAUUUAAACACUGGCACAUAUCAGCGUGGCAAGAAACCUCCUGGUGUGCCAAGCGUAGAUUCAUGGUUGACGUUUAGUGGGACACAGAACGAACAGUCACAAGGCAUUGUUGAUGCAUUUGCUGAGCAUGUACUUGAAUCAUUUCUGGAUGACUCGGAGGAUAGUUCUGAUUCUGAACAGGAAGAUUUGGAGACUGCCAAUGACUAUUACAAUGUGGAGGGUGGGGUAGGGAGCCGGAUAGCCCAGCAGUUACAAAAAGGCGACAAGAUCAGAAUUGGUAUAAAUGGGAAUAUACAGUCGCAAGACUUGAAAGUGAAAAAAUGGAGUAAAGAGGAUAGUUAUGUGAAACCUGAGGAGGAUGAAUUUAAGGAGAAUAUGGCAAAGAAUGAUAACAUGGUGAUACCACUCUCCUGGGAUGACCAGGUUCAAGCCUCAGAGGCAAAAAUAAUCACCCCUAGAGGGCCCCCAAUUGAUAGAUCCAGUCAGAGUUUAUGUACUUCAAAACCAGUCGUGUUUACAAAGCUACUGCCAAAUGACGUCAACACAGGGACGGCAUCAUCGAUGGGCAACAGAAAAGACGGUUUCCGCGUGAAACAGCGCAAGAAAACCAAACCAUGUAUUGAUGGGAAAGAGAGAGAUAAUAAAAUAACUGUUGUUACAAUUGACUCCAAGUCAGAGGCGGAGGAGAAAAAAAUUGAAAGUUUAACUGUUGAUGAAGUGAUAAAACAAAAUUGUGAUAGUAAAAAUAAAGAGAAACAAAAUGGCCACCAUGAAGAUGUUGAAAAACAUUCUGUUACAUUCAGUUUAGCAGAGCCAAAUGGUCACGGUCAGGAUGGUUUGUAUAGCCCAAGUAAAAUAAGCAUUGUUUCAAGUGGUAGCAGUGAGCAGAGACAUCCGAAAGUGAAACCGUCCCAACCCACAUUUAGUACCAAAUAUCAGGAAGUCGAUCUUGACAUUAUAGGGACUCUUAGUGUACCAAACGGACAGCGGCCAUUGUCUAGUGAAUCUACAGGAAAUCCUCCUAGCAUUUAUGGUAAUAAAUCACCUUACAUUCCAAAGCAAGUUCAAGGUCGUGUAGGAAGUGCUCGUAGUUCACGUAGCGGGUUGAAAUCUGCUAAAUCUACACAGCGAUCUCUAGGAUCAAGUUCUUUGGUCAGUAUGACUGGGUACAGGCAAAAUGAAGCUGAAUAUAUCCAGAUAGCAACUCCAGUGAAAAAUCCUAACCCUGGACAGCAGAAGAAAAACACAGAGUAUCAACAGCAGGGUAUGUCCAGUGAUGUACCAAGAGGUCACAUGGCCUACUCAGGAAUCAGGGAACCGGUUCCUUCCCCUGAACUGGAAUUAGAUGAUGAAUUUAUUGAAAAUUCUGAGGGGCCUCAGCCACCUUCUGUACAGAUAAAAACUAUCAUUAAACCUUCAGCUCAGGCUCUUUCUAUCAGUAUUCCAACUGGAGAAUUCACUGAUUCAGCUUUGAAUUCACCUACACGUGGAACGGGGACUGACGCAUCUCCGCAGGUGAGACGAGCCAAAGAUAUGCGCGAUGAACAGAUAGAUCAGAUCACAACGCUUCUUGUUGAUGCGAUCAUAGGCCAAAAUGAUGAUAAAACUUCUUCAAGUUAGCAAGCUUUCAUUAACAUAGAUUGCUUCGUUAAGAAAGAAACUACACACAAUAUGCUUGUAAAACUUGUCCUUUUUUAAAGAAUUUGACAUUUCUUCAUAUCAAAAACAUUCUGGUAAUAAAUUUUUGGGGUAGCAAGAUUGGAAUGAUGGAAUAUUGAGCAGAACUAUGUAUAUUCUUCAGUUAGGUAUAUAAUUACCAUGGUCAUUUGCUGAAAUAUUUUAAAAGUGCACCAGUUUUUCCAGCUCUGAUUUAGAUUUUCUAAAGUACAGUCUGUGCAUUUUCUGAGAGAUACUUUUAAAUUAUUUCUGUGUCUCUUGCAAAUCUGUAGAAUAUCCUAUAUUAUUUUGUAUUUCUUAAGGUUUUGUCAAUAAAUAUACAAUGUUCCAUUGGAAUUACAAAAAAGAGCUGAUUAAUAAGUGGUUAUGAUUUGGUGCUUACUUUGUUACAAGUUGAACUAGCUUUGCAAAAUUUUCACAAGUAGAGAUGUAAAAUGAAAAUGUGGCCAUGAGCAGAAUUGAACUUUAAUCAUGAAAGAAAUACAUGUAUAGUUAUUAUAAUGUAUGUGAAAUAAUUAGGUUUUUUUUUU